AUGGCAACGGAACAUAAAGUGAUUCCCGCCGUAUCGUUAUAUCUUAACACGGCCUGCGAUCUGUUGAAGGAGAUUGAAAACGCAUCCAAGGUAAACUGUAGCUCCGUUACCGUACCCAUCGUGCACUGCAACUUCAACCGGGAAUUUGUACGAGAACCGCUGCGCUCCAAGCACGUCCAAUUUACGCGAUCGGAUCUGCUACUCACCUCCUCGCAAUGGACCCACAAGGUGAUUUGUCGGAUCGGGGAUAAUUUGGAUCUGGACUCACCGAUCGAUCACAUUCGGAAGCAGGCGGAACGUACCAUCCGACAGGAAUUGUCGUUCGCCGAACAUUUGGUACAAGGCGGUUACCUGUACACGAGGCUAACUAAAGCAAACUGUACUAACUUCGCUAGAACGGUAGGUUGUUCCAUAACCAGAGGCACACUGCUGAUAGAGAUUCCACUUUGCAACCCGAAAGUUACGCAGAAUAGCUGGCGACGAGAUGUCGGCGAGGAGGAACAGGUGGUGGAAAAUCCAUGGCACUGGUGGAACAACUUCCGUACACAUGCAGAUAGCAAUUCGGUCUUAAAAGUAGCACUAGAACUGUCGAUGGACUUGCCGAAAGAGGAGGAAAUAUUGCGCUGGCUGGGCGAACCGGUUGAUGCGGUUGUAGUGCCGUCGAACAUUUUUCUGACGAAUGCCAAAAACUAUCCAGUACUCUCGAAGGCCCACCAAUCGCUUGUGAAUCUGCUCUACCGCACGUUUGGAUGUCAUUUCAUACUGAAGGCUAAUCCAGCCGAUGGCCAUAUCUCACAUUACGUGGAUUACAUCCGGUACACCAUACAGCACAAUUAUGUAAAGGACCCGUCACAAGGCUACGAGGAUUAUCUGCAGCACCCGCUCCAACCGCUCUAUGACAAUCUGGACGGAGGGACGUACGAGGUGUUCGAGAAUGACCCUGUGAAGUAUAUCUUGUACCAAAAUGCUAUCGAACGGGCUCUGCUUGACCGGGUACCGGAAAAGGAGCGCGAAACGAAGACAUCGAUUAUUAUGGUUGUCGGUGGAGGACGUGGUCCACUGGUUCGUGCCGCACUGAACGCGGCCAAGACAACAAACUGCAAGGUGAAGGUGUACGUAAUAGAGAAGAACCCAAAUGCGAUUGUCACACUGACGGCACACAUUAAUGAGCUGUGGCUGGAUGAAAAGGUUGAGCUAAUUUCUACCGACAUGCGAGAGUUUAACCCACCGGAAAAGGCAGACAUACUUGUGUCCGAGCUGCUUGGAUCGUUCGGCGACAAUGAGCUUUCUCCAGAGUGUCUCGACGGGGCACAAAAACAUCUAAAGGAAAACGGGAUUAGCAUACCGUGCAAAUCUACCUCGUACAUCAAUCCGUGCUUUGCCUCCAAGGUUUACAAUCAGGUGCGCACGUUAGAGCGUAAUUUGCAUAGCAAAGAUCGGGUGAUCUCUUCACGUCACAUGGAGCAAGUGUACGUGGCGUAUCAAAAGAACGCGUACCAUAUUGACAAUCCGAAGGAGCUGUUUGAGUUUGUCCAUCCAAACAGGGACAGUGAUCCCAUCGAUAAUAGCCGAUACAAGACGGUUCGGUUCCGUGCUUCGCUCGAUUGCGUGAUGAACGGUUUCACUGGGUACUUUGAUACGGUGCUGUAUAAGGACAUCACUCUCAGCAUUCAUCCGUUUACGCAUACGAAGGGUUUGAUAUCUUGGUUCUCGAUGUUUGUACCGCUGACUGAUCCGGUACAGCUGAAGAAAGGUGAUGAGAUAACGCUUCAUUUCUGGCGCUGUGUCGCAGCGCACAAGGUUUGGUACGAGUGGUGUCUCAGCGAACCAAUCGCGACGCAUGUGCACAACAUUGAUGGCCGUGGGCAUCCGAUAUGGCAGUAA